UCAUGAUGGAGCUGGACAAACAGUUCCUGGUGGUGAACUGGCUCUGGAGCGAUCUCAUCCGGGCUGUAAUCGGUGCAGCGCUUUAUCUCAUAACCUCUCUGAUCUGUGUGAUCAGCGGGGCUGGAGACGGGGCUCGCAUCGCUGGUGGGGUGUUUGGUCUGCUGGCUGGGAUCUUGUUUGCUUAUGAUUCCUACACGAUUUUCUUGGACAUCAAGAGCAGCAGACAGCAUACAGAUGCUCCCACAGGUGCAUGAGCACUCAUUCAUUUAUUAAAACGUGUUAGAAAGCUCACUGGCCUUAAAAGGUAUUUGGACACUUAAACCUAAUUUAAAUGUCAUUGCAUUAGACAUCAAAUAUCAAAUCAAGUGUCCGCAGAUUUUUAGUGGAUUUACUGUGCCAGUUCUCCUCAAAGGAAUAGUUCAUCCAAAAAUGAACAUUUGCUGAAAAUGUACUCAC